AUGAAGGAUUUCGGACUCUUUGCUUUGAUUCAUGGCCAGGCAGCUUCUUCUUCAACUCAUGUCCUGCCAACUUCGUUCUGGAAGUUGCUUUGGAAAGCCCCGGCUCUUCUUGUGUGGCGCGGUUGCAUGAAAAUCCUCCCCGUUCGUGGCAGUUUACGGGCGCGCGGUAUGGACGUGGAUGAGGCCUGUGCAUUCUGCGGAGAAGGGGCCGAGACGAUGGGACAUGUGCUCUUGUUUUGUUCCCGAGUUCGCCAGUGGUGGUUCGCUUCACCGCUUGGCCUGAGGCAGGAGAAUGAGGUAGAGUUUCAUGAGUUUAUGCAGGAUUUCUCGAAGGCAGUGGAUCCCCAGACGUUGGCUCGGUUUUUCACGCUAUGCUACAUUUUUUGGGAAGCUCGGAAUGCUCUGGUUUUCCAUGGUACUCCACCGCGCCUGAAGCUGUUGCUGGCUCGCGAAGCAGCGCUGUUUUUGCCCCCCGAUAGCCGGCAGACCCAGGCUAACGACCUACCGUUACCGGCGACCUGGUUGGCCCCGAGCAAUGACGUGAUAAAACUGAAUUUUGAUGCAUCUUGGCGGGUUAAUGCAGCUUCUGGUUUUGCUUGUGUAGCUCGUAACAAUGUUGGUGAGAUCAUGGCAGCUGCCACAGCUCCACAUAUGGCAGCUCUAUCCCCCCUCUUGGCGGAAGCCGGUGCUUUCAAAUGGACGAUUGGCUUGGCUAUGGACCUAGGCUUCCGGAGAGUUUGCAUGGAAACGGACUGUAUGAGGCUCUUUCAGGCUUGGAAUAGGAAGGAAGUAGGAUGCUCUUAUUUAUUUUCGCUUUUGAUGGAUUGUAGGCACUUAGCCAACACGGGUUUUGUUUCUUUUGAUGUCUCUUUUGUUAAACGUUCUAGCAAUAAGGUGGCGGAUUAUCUUGCUCGUCAUGCGGAGGCUUUUGGCCAAACCGUUUGGAUUGAGGAAGUCCCCACCGUAGUUGAACCUUUGGUUCUUGAUGAUGUAACGACCUUAGUGCCCACGUGA